AUGUACAUGAAUUCUUCAACCAGUAAUCAGUAUUUAGGAGAUGGUAGGCUGGUGGGAGGUCACGAAUCUAAACCCUAUAGUCAUCCUUACCUGGUGACACUCCAGUUAAGAUUCUUAUGGAUCCGAGCUCAUGUUUGCGGUGGCAGUAUAUUGAGCGAGAAAUGGGUGUUAACAGCGGCGCAUUGUAUCAAGGAAUCGUUUCUUACUAGAUGGCUACCAAUGGACGCAAUAGCUGGAGCCCACGAUGUUAAUAAUUUUGGACCGAAAGCCCAAAUAAAUGCUAUCGGAAAACGGUUCCCCCAUCCUUUGUAUCCAGGUGGCAUCGGACCAUACGACAUAGCAGUACUAAAAACUAGCAGACCAUUCACAUUUACAAAUGAAGUUCAACCAAUAAACUUACCGUAUAAUAAUUAUAAAAUAAGCAACGACCCUCUGACGUUAGCUGGAUGGGGAGUUUUGAGGACAACAUUUUUCAUACCAGAUUCACCGAGUAGAUUACAAGAGGUUAAAGUAACUUACAUACCUUAUAAAGAAUGUUAUGCAGCUAUUGAAAAAAUAAAAGACAUUGACGAAAGUAAUCCUCUAGAUAAAGAUGCAAAUAUUUGUACCGGGCCGCUCUCAGGUGGGAUCGCAGCUUGUAGCGGUGACUCGGGUGGACCUCUUAUACAAUAUGCUCCGAGAGAUGCCGAAAAAAUACCAGUUGUUCUCGGCAUUGUAUCUUGGGGCAUGUCACCUUGUGGAGAUAAGGGAGCCCCGACUGUGUAUACCAAGGUUUCUGAAUAUGUCGACUUCAUAACUGAAUAUACUAAAUCAUGA